GUCUGAUUACUGUUGAAUAUUAAGUGUAUAAAAGCCGUAACAGCACACUGAGACUGUCUACUCUGAGGAAUCAUGAUGAAAGUCGGCCUUGUGUUGCUGUUUGCUGCCUGCGCUUACGGGUGUGGCACGCCCACCCAUGCGCCCUCUGUGAGCCGUGUUGUGAACGGGGAAGACGCUCGUCCCUACAGCUGGCCCUGGCAGAUCUCUCUGCAGUAUCUGAGCGGCUCCACCUACCGUCACACCUGUGGAGGAACUCUGCUUGCUCCCAACUGGGUAAUGACCGCCGGUCACUGCAUUGGAUCUCGUACUUACCGUGUGGUGCUGGGCGAGUACGACCUCACCAAAGACGAAAGCUACGAGCAGAUCAGGAGUGUUGAGAAAAUCGUGGUUCACCCUAAGUGGGACGAUAACUGCCUGUCCUGUGGUAAUGACAUUGCGAUGAUCAAACUGGCCUCGCCUGCCAUUCUCAAUGACAAGGUGCAGCCCUCCUGCGUUCCAGCGAGUGGAGAGAUCGCUCCUCACAAUGACCCCUGCUACAUCACUGGCUGGGGACGACUCUACAGUGGAGGUCCCAUUGCCUCUAGGCUCCAACAGGCUCUCCUCCCCGUUGUUGGCCACAGUGUCUGCACCAGCAGCGACUGGUGGGGCAGUUAUGUGAAACCAACAAUGAUCUGCGCCGGUGGUGACAUGCGCUCUGGCUGCCACGGAGAUUCAGGAGGCCCUCUGAACUGCAGGGGUGGUGAUGGCAGGUGGUACGUUCAGGGAGUGACCAGCUUUGUCUCCUCUCUGGGAUGCAACACCCUGCAGAAGCCCACAGUGUUCACUCGCACCUCAUCCUUCACCCAGUGGAUCGCUGAUACUAUGCUGCAGUACUGAAGACCUGGAGCCUUUUAGUGUCAAUAAAUCCUCUUCAUUAACAACA